AUGUCCACCUGGGGCAUCGGCGACAACCACGACUCCGAUGAGGUCUACUCUCUGAAGGAUCAACUCCGGGCUAAAGACGCCGCCCAUGCAACACUACACAGCGAAUAUUUGAAGAGAGAGGCAGAGCUCAACGAUGUAAAGGUAUCAUUGAAUGAUAUGCUCGACAAGCUACGUCGAGAAGCCGACCGCGUGAUACAACUCGACGCAGAUCUCAAGCGACGCAACGAAGAGCUGGCGAACGAACGCCUCACUCGCCAGAACGCAGAGGUCGCACUCACUACCGCCCAUCGCAAGCUCAAAGACUCUGAGCACACCGCCCUCGAGCUACAGUCUACUGUAGAGCUCAUAUCCUCCCAGGCCAACUUGACGUCAGCGGGACGCUCGAAACUGGAACAGGAGAACGCAGCCCUCCAAUCGCGCCUGCGCUCCCUCGAGAAGGAGAUACACAGCAAGGCUCACGCUGAAGAGCUUGCACUACGCCAAAGUCAAAGCCAGUCUGCAAGCGCGCGAAGUCGCCGCCGAUCUUCUUCCGACUCGUCCUUCCGGAUCCCGGCCCUGGAGCAGGAAGUCGCGGAUCUUCGGGCGACAUCGACACAACAGGCGACAGAAUUACAGAAGACAUCCGAACAGCUAGUUCAGACGAGAGACAGACUCGUCCAGCUACAGAAUGAGAAGACCGCGGCGGAGAGGAGGCUAAAGGGUGAACUUGAGCAGCUGCAAUCCAAGCUGGAUGACCGAGAAGAGGAACUCAGCCAUCUGCGAGACAUCCGCGGCGGCGGGGACGUAGCUGCCCGUGAGGCUAGUCUUCUGGAGCGGCUGGAGGAUGAGGAGAAACGAAUCGCUGCCCUGGAGACCGAGCUUGCGCGAUCCACUGGGAGUCGAAAGCGUGACCUGGCCAUGCUGCAGGACGAGUUGAACCGGACGGUCAGCCUGCUGGAAGAUGCUAACCAGAAGGCAUCAGAAGCCGAGGAGAGGCUGUCGGAGCUUGCUCAGGAGAAGGAGGAGGCAUUGGACGAACGCGAUCGGCUGGAGCAGGAACGUGAGCAAUUGGCGGAUCGCAUCCGCGCCGCCGACAGCAGGAUAAGCGAGCUCGAGGCUCACCUCUCUGAUCCGUCCCAAUCCACAUUCUCCGCGCGGAAUGCGGAUGAGGCCACCAUUGCUACUAUGGAGAAGCUCCUUAACACCAUCGAACGUCUGCGCGGCGAACGUGAUGGUCUCCGGCGCGACCUCGAGUUCCUUAACGCCGAGAAUAGGUUCGCGGUACAGUCUCUGGAGGCCAAGCUCACAGUCGCGACCUCUGCCCCCGUCACUCCCGCGGCGGAUACGGCUGAAUUGGGCAUGCUACGAGGCCACAUUCAGGCGUUCCAGGACCAGGCCGAGCGGUCUGCCCGGGCGACCGUCGCACUGGCUGUCGUCGUGCAGCAUGCACAAGAACAGGAUGAAGACAACACCAUGCGCAUACAAGAGCUCACGCAGGAGCUCUCGGACGCGUGUGAGCAUCUACAGUACGCGCAGCGCCACCUUCAAGAGCGCGAACUCGUCACGUCCGAACUUGAGGAGAAGCUAUCUACCGCAACCGAUUCGCUCCAUGCUGCGGCAUCGCAGGUAUCAGGCCUCCGGUCGACGAUCGAGCGGCUCGAGAUGGAGCUCGCCAGCGAGCGCACGUCCCACAACGAGACCGGUGCCGCCCUCUCCGACGUCGAAGGACAGCUCGUCGCUGCACACCAGGCCCUCAACGACGCAGAGGCCGCACGUGACGCGCUCGCACUUGAGAAGACCCAUCUCCAGCAGGACCUCGACACCGCUCGACAGGAGCUCGCGGACGCCGACGAGCGACACGGGCAGCAGCUCAACGCAUUCUCCUCGGGUCAGCCCGCUGCAGGUGCACAGGCGGCGCUACGCGAACACAUCCGCGAGCUCGAAGGUCGCGUCGAUCGGCGGACCGCGCAGAUCGGGAUGCACCAACACGACAUCGCGCGACUGGAGAUGAACCUCAAGCUGAACGAGGAGCGCAUUGCGGAGAUGACGACGGAGAUGGAGGUCGUGCAGGGCGAGAAGGACGCGAUGCUGGAGGACUGUCAGACGACGCGGGAGGAGCGCGACGAGGCGCUGCGGAAGUGCGACGAGAUGGAGGAGGCCAUGGAGGCGGCAGAGGAGGGACGCGAGGCGGAGGUCGAGGGCAUGGUGAAGGUCGCUUUCGAUGCCAUGGCGGAGAAGAGGGACGCCAUCGUUCGGUCACGGCUGGACGCUGCAGCACGUUGUGAGGCGCUCGUUCAGCUGGAGGCCCGCAUACAAGCAGCAGAGAGGGAGAAGGAGAUGCUUUCUGCUCAAGUCGCUGCCGUAUCUGCCGAGCGAGAGCAUUUGAGCCAGGCGUUGGACGACAACAUUCAUGCGCUGGAGGACUUCAAGCGAGGACGUGAUGACGCCAUCGAGGAAGCCUCGCGCAUGUCCUCUGAACUCACCGCUGCCCAGGCACAGCUGGCUGAAGUGUCUAGCGCCGUCCAAGCCGCUACAGACGCGAAGGCCGAUGUGGAGGUACAGCUCACGACAGCGCGGGUCAACUUCGAGGCGAAGGUCAAGGAGCUGGUUAUACUUCAGGAUCAGCUCGCACACAUCCGCAACAGCCACGCUGACCGCCAGUCUCUCGAAGCUGCCAUCUUCUCGCAAGAGAAGGAAGAGCUCGAAACCCAGCUGCACGAAGCCAAGGCGUCGCUUGCGACACUCGAGUCCCGCCACCAGGAAACGGUCAACGAACUGAAGCGGGUCGACGAGGAACUCAAACGUGCCGAAGACGAGCUUUCCAGUCACCUUUCGACGAGUGCAGUGCGCUCGGAGGCCGAGGAGCGUCUACGGGACGACCUUGUCCAGGCUAAGAAGCAGCACGAAGAUGAAGUCGCCUCGCUACAAGACCAACUCAAAAGCAUCUCCGAGGAGCUCGACGAGGUCGUACGCCUGCGCGGCGAGGCCGAUGCGUCGCGCAAGGCCGCCGAGGAAGAACUGGAGCAGACGAAGCAGCAGCUCGAGGCACGCUUGGCCGAAGCCGGCGAGUCGAUCAAUGCGACGAGUCGUCUAGAGGUCGAACUUGAGCAGUUGAAGACCGCUCACGAUGCAGAGACGCAGGACCUGCAAGAACGCUUGGAGACCGCGAUAGCUGAGCUCAAGGCUGCCGCUGCUCGCCAGGACGAGCUUCUGGCUCUUCACGAGGAGGCUGCGCGGGACGCCGAGGAGCACACACAUCAGCUCUCAGAGGCACGCGAGCAAGCGGAGGCACUCGAGGCGAAGCUUGCUUCGCUGCGUGAAGCUCACGCAGAAGAGCUACAAGGCUUGGAGAAGCGCCUCACAGACGCCACCGAGGAGCUGCAGAUCAUCAAGGACUCGCAGAGCGACUCAGCCAGCCAGCAGCGGGAGAAGGUGGACGAGCUGUCGCGCACCAUCGAGGAACUCGAGGGUCGCAUCAUGGUGCUCACAAGGGAAGCCGACGAGUACCGCGUGGAGCUUGGCGAGGAGAAGGCCGCGCACAUACAGACGAAAGAGGCCACCACCACCGAGUUGCGUGAGGCGCUAGGCCGACGUGGCGAGGCGGAGGCUGCCCUAGCGGACGCGGAGAAGGAGAUCCCCGCUGUGCGCGCCCAGCUGGAACAUGCAGAGUCGACCCUUGCCGAGGUAGAAGAGGAGAAGCUUAGCCUCCAGUACCAGAUCACCACCCUGGAGGCGGAGGUUCAGCGAUCGAAGUCCCUGCAACGCUUCUUGGAGAGUCAAUCUGCAGACGGUGAACGCCGGGCGUCUGCGCUUGAGGCAGAGCUUGUAGAGCUUCGGACGAAGUGCACAGCUCUUGACAAGCUUGCGAAGACUACCGAGGCGAACCUCGCGAUGCAGACGAUUCAGCACGAGCAGACCGUUGCCUCACUCAGGCGUGAGCUCAACGCCCUGCGCGCUCAGCCGCGGCUUGAGGAUGAGAUUGCGGAGCUCAGGGAGAAGAACUUGGAGAUGGAGGAGCUUCUCCGCGCCAAGUGCUUGGAGAUUGAGGAGAACGACGACCGCUUCAUCGAGAUGAUCAAGGAGAAGAAGAAGCUUACUAGCAAGGUCGACUCUCUGACACGCAAGAUGCAGAAUCUGCAGACGAAGCUGACCACUGCUACGGAGGCUGCUGCGAAGGCGCCGGAGGCGCCGGCUCCUGCGCCCGCCCCUACUGCCGUGUCUGCCCUUGCGCCGAAGAAGGCCUCCACUUUCUCCCCUCCGCUCGUGCUUGGGCCUGCCCCAAUGAUCUCCUCAUCUUUGGCUUCGUCAUCAUCUUCCCGCCCCUUCUCCCGCCCUCGAGUGGCGACGGCGCCUGCUGCGCGUUCGCCAGACGCUCAGUAUACCCAACCUCCCCCGAUGCCCACCUUCCGGCCAAAGACCCCCGAGUCGCGCGCCCGCAUGAUGUCUGGCCCGUCAUCCCUCUCCCGUCCGAAGACCCCCGAAUCGCGUAUCCCUCCUAUGCCCGUCUUCCAGGCGCGUACACCAGAUCGGCAGCGGGCACCAUCCGCCCCGAACCAGAGUCGAACCAUACCUGAGUCUGACUCUUCGUCGUCCAUUGUGGGUGUCAAGAGGCGAGCACCAGAUGACUUCGACGAUUGCGGGUCGAUGCCACCCCAGCCUUUCACCGCUGACAGCGCCCCCGGUCCCUUGCCACCACAGCCGACUACGCCGCGUCUCCGCAAGGCCCUGCAGAGUAUGCGGACAGGCUUCACACCAGUUCGGCAACAAGCGGCUCGUGCUGGGUCAGCAUCGCCCUCAAGGAGAGCAACCACUGGGUUUGGCCUUGCUGCACCAAUACCACCUACCAUUUCCGACGUCACGAACAGCCCCCGCGCGCCGUCGCAGCCCGAGGCCACGAAGGUGGUCGCUGCGAAGAGGGGAUGGCUCGGCAAGAUCAAGUCUAUUCCCUCCCAACCACCCCGGUCUGCAGUCUCAUCACGACCACCAGUCUUUGACCCUACAGGGAUGCGUUAAUGCCCUUGACUCGUUCGUGGCUGAUGGACCAUUAUCUUAC